GGCUGGCGCUACUUUGCGCAAAGCUGACAAACCGUUGCGAUAAAUAUACGCGUCAGGCGGCGAGUUGUUAAUCGUUGGUAAGAGAGAACCGACCGCGGACCGUGAUCGAAAUGUUUUUUAUACCGUAAAUUGUGCGUAAUUGAUGAAACUCUGUCGACUGGUUUAGCCGGACGCAAGUCGAGCCCCAACCCAGUGCAGUGUCAAUCAAAACAUUGUAUAGCAGAGCGUUAAAGUCUGUCGGUGACAACGCGUAGCGUGAGAUACAGUAUCGCUGGGAAAUUAACAGCGUUAAAAUUCCUCUUUUAAACAGUCAAACGAUGUUUAAUCGAUAGAAUCUUUCACUACCGAAAGGUGGCAUAAUCCUUUUCACUGAUCCUUGCGCUCUUCAGUCUGUAAUCACCUUUUAUUACACACUAGCUAAUCACCAAACGCUCGUCUGCACUUAAACGGCGGCUAUGCAAUAAUACGUAAAAUGGAAAUGAGCUUGUGACCGCACAGUCUCCAUGCCUUGAUUGCACAAAGUCUAAAAACAUUAGUGAACUUUUAAAAACCGAAACCUGAGAGUUUGAAUACUAGAUACGUUGAUAAACUACAUACAUUUCAAAUAUCGAUUAAUGACUGUUGAUGUAGACAAUAAACAAAAGUUGGGGAUCUUAAAUUGGUGAUGCUUACCCCUACCCACCCCUCUGCAAGGACUGCUAAUGUAAACUAAAUAACGAUGUAAAAUAACUGAAGAUGAUGAUUUAAUAAACGUCAUUUAUAAAUACAACCAACCGGCAGCGAGUGAAAAUAUGAUAAUUUAUCAAAUUAACGAACGAUCCAAGAUUGCUUAAGAUCAUCAUAAGAAUGAAUCACGUACAGGAAGUACGGCAGCUGGAGUUGCUGUGCAAACAGCUGUACGAGUCCCACGACUCGGGACAUCGUGCAGAGGCAGAAAAGGCUUUGGUCGGUUUUCAAAACGCCCCAGAUACCUUGACUAAGUGUCAGCUGCUCCUAGAUCGCGGGGAUUCAGCCUAUGCUCAAUUACUGGCUGCUACGACUCUCGCUAAAUUGGUAUCGCGGCCGGCACAGGGGCUCAGUUUGCAGCAGAGACUGGACAUACGAAAUUAUGUUCUCAACUACUUGGCGACGCAACCCAAGCUACCUAAUUUUGUUAUACAAGCUCUGGUCACCCUAUUUGCCAGGAUAUCAAAGCUCGGAUGGUUUGACUCCGAUAAAGAUGAAUAUGUAUUUAGGAAUGUUGUUAGCGAUAUUACAAAAUUUCUCCAGGGAUCAGUAGAGCAUUGUAUGAUAGGAGUGCAGCUGCUCUCGCAGUUGACGUGUGAAAUGAAUCAAAUAUCUGAAGUAGAUGCGAAUCGGUCAUUUACAAAACAUCGAAAAAUAGCCAGCAGCUUUAGAGAUUCUCAGCUGUUUGAAAUCUUCAGACUCUCCUGCUCGUUACUGAGCACUGCACGUGAAAAUUGUAAAAGUUUGAAUUUCAACGAUGAAGCACAGCAUGGUUUGAUGACACAACUUCUAAGGCUUGCGCAGAAUUGCUUGACGUUCGAUUUUAUUGGAACAUCGACUGACGAAAGUUCCGAUGAUCUCUGCACUGUUCAAAUACCGACCAGUUGGAGACCAGCAUUUUUAGAUUUCACGACAUUAAAAUUAUUUUUCGAUCUUUACCACAGUCUGCCGAACACUUUAUCUUCACUGGCACUCUCAUGCCUGGUACAAAUAGCCUCAGUGAGAAGGAGUCUGUUCUCAAACACUGAGAGAGCCAAGUUCUUGACGCAUCUGGUAAAUGGAGUGAAGCAUAUUUUGCAAAAUCCACAGGGUUUGAGUGACCCAGAAAACUAUCACGAAUUCUGUAGAUUACUAGCCCGUUUGAAAAGCAACUAUCAACUUGGAGAAUUGGUAAUGGUAGAGAACUACCCAGAAGCUAUACAACUGAUAGCCAAGUUCACCGUACAAAGCCUGCAAAUGUGGCAAUUCGCACCUAACAGUGUUCACUAUCUUUUGAGUCUUUGGCAAAGAAUGGUAGCUUCGGUACCUUAUGUCAAAGCGACGGAACCUCACUUGCUAGAAACCUAUACCCCGGAAGUCUCAAACGCUUACAUCACCUCGAGAUUAGAAUCUGUAGCUGUAGUAGUAAGAGAAGGAUUGGAGGAUCCACUCGAUGACUUAGGAAUGGUGCAGCAGCAGCUCGAGCAAUUGUCUGUAAUCGGAAGAUGUGAAUACCAAAAGACCUGCACCCUUUUGGUCCAGUUGUUCGAUCAAGCAGCAAGAACCUAUCAAGAACUCAUGGCUCAAACUGCUUCGCCUACUCAGCAGAUUGAUAUAACGAUACAAGAGGGACAGCUCACGUGGCUUGUCUAUAUUAUCGGUAUAGGUAGUGCUAUUGGAGGACGGGUGUCAUUUCAUAGUAACGAUGAACAUGAUGCAAUGGAUGGAGAACUGGUAUGCAGAGUUCUUCAGCUCAUGAACUUGACCGAUUCUAGACUGGCGCAGGGUGGCUGCGAAAAACUAGAGCUAGCUAUGCUCAGUUUCUUUGAACAGUUUAGAAAAAUAUAUGUAGGUGAUCAAGUACAGAAAAAUUCCAAAGUUUAUAGAAGACUGUCAGAUGUUUUGGGGCUUAGCGACGAGGCCAUGGUUCUUAGUGUAUUCAUUAGAAAAAUAAUAACAAAUUUAAAGUACUGGGGACGAAGUGAACAAAUUAUUUCUAAGACUUUACAACUUCUCAACGACCUCUCGGUAGGAUACAGUUGUGUAAGAAAACUGGUUAAACUAGAAGAGGUUCAAUUCAUGUUGAACAAUCACACGAGUGAACAUUUUCCAUUUUUAGGAAACAGUGUCGCUGUAACUGAAAUGCGAUGUAGAUCAAUGUUUUACACUUCCCUUGGUAGAUUACUUAUGGUCGACCUGGGAGAGGAUGAAGAAAGGUUUCAUACUUUCAUGCUACCGCUCACAGCUGCACUUGAGAGCCUUGGUCAACUCAUGGGCGCUGCAGACACUCCAUUAUUUGCAGCUGAGGAAGCCAAAAAAGCAUUAAUUGGCCUUGCCAGAGAUCUUCGGGGGCUUGCAUAUGCCUUCAACACAAAACCUUCAUAUAUGAUGUUAUUUGACUGGAUUUAUCCGAAUUACACACCAAUAUUACUACAUGCAGUAGAGUUAUGGCAUCACGAACCUCAAGUGACCACACCAGUCCUGAAGUUGUUCGCUGAGUUAGUACAAAACAGAACCCAGCGACUACAGUUUGAUGUAUCGUCCCCGAAUGGUAUAUUGCUUUUCCGUGAAGCUAGCAAAGUCAUAUGCAGUUACGGUAACCACAUAUUGAAUGUCGAAGUACCAAAAGAUCAGAUUUACCCAUUAAAGCUCAAAGGAAUAAGUAUUUGCUUCAGUAUGCUGAAAGCAGCUUUGUGUGGAAGUUACGUUAACUUUGGAGUGUUUAGAUUAUACGGCGACGAAGCCCUCGACAAUGCGCUCAAUACAUUCGUCAAACUAUUACUUAGCAUACCGCAAAGCGAUUUGUUGGACUACCCCAAACUAUCAGCUACAUACUAUGUGCUCCUCGAGUGCCUAGCACAGGAUCAUAUGGCAUUUUUAUCAACACUGGAGCCCAGGGUAUUCCUCUACAUCUUAUCGUCGAUCAGCGAAGGCCUUACGGCACUAGGUGCGCUAAAAGACUCCUACACAGACACUAUGGUUUGCACUGGUUGCUGUGCAACGCUAGAUCACAUUGUGACAUACUUGUUCAAACAGCUAUAUCAAAAAGCAGGUGUUUACCCUGGAAAAAAAAAUGCCUCGGUACCAGGUGGGGGCGAAUUGUUUUUACAAGUUUUGAAACAGCACCCCGGAAUUCUUCAGCAAAUACUGAGCACAGUAUUGAACGUGAUAAUGUUUGAAGAUUGUAGAAACCAAUGGAGUAUGUCCAGACCUCUCUUGGGUUUAAUACUCUUGAACGAAGAGUACUUCAACCAAUUGCGAGAGAACAUAAUCAGGAGUCAACCGGUCGACAAACAAGGUGCCAUGGCGCAGUGGUUCGAAAACCUAAUGGAUGGUAUCGAGAGGAAUCUACUGACCAAAAACAGAGACAGGUUUACACAGAAUCUAUCGAUGUUCAGGAGAGAUAUAAACGACUUUCUCAAGGGUCCCAACAUGUCUGCAAACUCAGUCAGUGAUAUGAUGACUUCGUAGUGGCUCGGUCACCUAGGUUAUGACCGUUGUGACAAAAUUUUUACCCGCCAAAUGCUUGACUGUGCGUGUGUGCGAGUGUAACUAUGAAUUGUGAUGGUAAUUUCGUUUUAGAUAUAUGUACAUGAUAAGUAUAGUAAUGGUGUAUUAAUACUGCGAUGUUACAGUGGCUCUCUGCGAGUUGGCUUCCUAUUUAAAUUAAUGUCUGAAUUUUUAAUUUCCGGUCACUGAAUGUAGCGUGCCGUUUUAUCAAGCUCAGUGGUGGGAUGAUAACAAUACUGUAGACAGAUACAUACACAUAUAUCUAGUAAAUUUUAAUUUUAAGUAAUCCGUUGUAAUUGUUUCCACCCUAUUCUUCUAAUGCUAUUUUCGAGUUGAAAUUCUGCGUGUGACGGGAUUUUUUUUUACACAUCCAUAUCUCAUGGUUCAACAGAACAUGUUGAAACAGUAUCUAACUACUGCUCUUUGUACGUAUUUUUUUUAUU